AUGAGAUUUUGUUUUGCUACAAGCCUUUCACUCGCAAUCCUCCUGGUUAAAUCUAUCAAACUUCGAGCUACCAUUACUGGGCCAGCUCCCGCGAGUGGUGAAGGUCCUGGGUCACAGGUGUAUCCGGUAUGCUUCAAGGGACCUACUGGGACACCUGGAAUUCCGGGCCUACCAGAAAAUCAGGGUCAGUGUGGACCGGCAGGAGCAAAGGGCAAUGCUGGGGUCAAGGGUGAGAAGGGUGAAAUUGGCCCAAUCGGCGCUGAUGGGAUCCCUGGCCCCAAAAUUGACGACGGACUGGGCCUGCCCGGUAAGGUAGGUCCCAGAGGUCCACCUGGUUUAGUUGGAGCCAUCGGGGAAGCAGGGAUCAAAGGUCAAAAGGGCGAGCCGGGGGAGACUCCUGAUAACCUUACCAAGAGGGUAGCAUUCACUGUCACACGAGUAACCGUCUUAGAUACAUCUGCAAUUGGUUACACCCGUUUGCCGUUCGAGAAGGCCGAUACGCUUUUGCCGGUUACGAACUUUGAUCUUGCGACCGGAACAUUCACCUGUAUUGUGCCAGGAGCCCACCUGUUUUUGUUUUCUGUAAUCAAACAUUCCUCAGUCAGCGGCCUCUGGGUUCAUCUUAGGAAAAACGAUGGCUGGGUUGUAUCUGUCAGUAGCAGUGGCUCAAGGAACUAUGAGCAGGUGUCUGGGAGGGCAGUGCUGGCUCUGCAGAGAGGAGACACAGUGUAUUGGUAG